UGCCACCGUUCCAAAAACUCGUAAUAUUAUCGUUUUAAAAAGAUCAGAAAAAAGAAAAAGAAAAAUGGAGGCUUUACGACGUCGUUUGAGAACUACCGGAGCUCCUCCACUCCACAAGGAGGAGCUAUCCCGUUUAACCAUCCCUAACCGAAUCUUCGCGGCGGUUUACGCCUCCGCAGUCGUCACACUACUCUAUCACCACGCUGUAACCCUAUCAUCGCUUCUCCUCCAAUCAAAAACUGAUAUUCCUCCCUUAUUCAUUUCCACUGCCUUACUCGUAUCAGACGUCGUUUUGGCCGUCAUGUGGACCACAUCACAGUCGUUUCGAAUGAGACCGAUCUACCGGAAGGAGUUCCCGGAGAAAAUCAAUAUCCUUCUGAAUAACAAAGAGUGCGAGGAGGAGUUUCCGGCGAUCGACGUGUUCGUGUGUACGGCGGAUCCGUACAAGGAGCCGCCUAUGAACGUGGUCAACACGGCGCUUUCGGUUAUGGCUUACGAUUAUCCGGCGGGGAAGGUUUCGGUUUAUGUUUCCGACGACGGUGGCUCCGCUUUGACUCUCUUUGCUUUCAUGGAGGCUGCUAAGUUUGCUGCCCACUGGUUGCCGUUUUGUAGGGAAAACGACGUCGUUGAUAGGUGUCCCGAGGCCUAUUUUGCUUCUGCCAAUCUUUCUUCUUCUUCUUCGGACAUUGAUAAGAUUAAGACUUUGUAUGAAAGCAUGAAAGUGAGGGUAGAAAAUGUGGUUGAGAAAGGGAAAAUUGAUGAUGGGUACAUCACCAAAGAAGAUGAAUGCCAAGCUUUCGACAAAUGGACGGAUGGAUUCUCGCGCCAGGAGCAUCCUACGGUCAUUCAGGUUAUAUUGGAUAACAACAAAGACAAAGACAUUACAAGUCAUGUAAUGCCAAACCUUGUUUACAUCUCCAGAGAGAAAAGCAAGGCUUCGAACCACAAUUUCAAAGCUGGUGCCCUUAAUGUCCUUAUUCGAGUAUCAGCCACCAUGACCAAUGCCCCAAUAAUCUUGACCUUGGAUUGUGACACGUACUCAAAUGAUCCCCAAACACCGUUACGAGUUUUGUGCUACUUAUUAGAUCCUAAAGCAGAAUCCCAAGUUGGGUAUAUUCAGAUUCCUCAACGAUUUCAUGGGAUCAACAAGAAUGACACCUAUGCUUGUGAGGUCAAACGAUUGUUCUUCAUCAAUGCAAUUGGAAUGGAUGGGCUUUCAGGCCCAAAUUAUGUGGGCACUGGAUGCUUCUUUAGAAGACGAGUUUUCUUUGGAGGCCCAUCCAAGUUGGUAUUACCAGAAAUGGUUGAACUAGGCCCAGAUCAUGUUGUGAACAAGCCCAUCCAAUCUAAACAAGUUCUGGAUUUGGCUCACUGUGUUGCAGGUUGCAGUUACGAGAACCAGACCCAAUGGGGACACAAGAUUGGUGUGAGAUAUGGAUCACUAGUGGAGGACUUUUUCACUGGUUAUCGUCUUCAAUGUGAGGGUUGGAAGUCCAUUUUGUGCAAUCCAGUUAAAGCAGCAUUUUAUGGUGAUUCCCCAAUAAGCCUUGUUGAUGUGUUGAACCAGCAAAAACGAUGGGCCAUAGGUUUACUUGAAGUUACUUUCUCUAAAUAUAGCCCAUUUACCUUUGGUACUCACAAUAUGGGCCUCAUAAUGGGCUUCACUUAUGGUCAUUAUUCUUUGUGGCCCAUUUGGUCCAUUCCAGUUGCCAUAUAUGCCUUUCUACCUCAACUGGCUCUUCUUAAUGGAGUCACUAUCUUCCCAAAGAUUUCAGAGCCAUGGUUUAUUUUGUACCUCUUUCUAUUUGUUGGAGCUUAUGGCCAAGACCUCUUGGAAUUUGUCAUAGAAGGAGGAACAUUCCAAAGAUGGUGGAACGAUCAAAGAAUGUGGAUGAUAAGGAGCCUCUCUUGUGGUUUGUUUGGUUCAAUUGAGUACUCUUUAAAAUCUUUAGGCAUUUCCUCGGCGGGUUUCAAUUUAACGAGUAAAGUAAACGAAGCCGAACAACGCAAAAGAUACGAACAAGGAGUCUUUGAAUUUGGUCUUCAUUCGCCCAUGUUCGUGACCUUAACUAUGGUUGCAAUAAUCAACUUGGCUGCACUAGUCUGGGGGCUCAAACUUGCCCUUUUGGGGAGCAAAUAUGCUUUCGAACAACGCUUCAUGCAAGUGAUUUUAACAGUCUUUGUUGUGGUGAAUUGUCGUCCUGUUUAUGCUGCUAUGUUUUUGAAGACUAAUAAAGGAGGUAUUCCCGCCAAAACUACUUUGAUUUCGACAUUUUGGGCCAUUUCUCUCUUCGUAAUUGGUUUUGUUGCAUCGAGGAGUUGAAAAAUAGCACUAAGGGAGAAAUAGAAUAUUGUACCACACCAUACCAUAAAAUGGUUAUAUAUGAAAGUGUUUUUAAUAUAGUUAUGUUUCUAUGGUA